AUGGCAGAAUCAAUGAGGAUAGAGAGUGACGCCUUUGGAGAGAUCCAAGUGCCGUCAGACAAGUACUGGGGCGCUCAAACAGAACGGUCACUCGAAAACUUCAAGAUCAACCAGCCGCAAGACCGGAUGCCUCCACCCAUUGUCCGCGCCUUCGGCAUCCUCAAGGGCGCCGCCGCUACCGUGAACAUGCAGUUCGGACUCGACCCCAAGCUAGGCAAGGCGAUCCAGCAAGCAGCCGAAGAGGUCGCGUCCCUCAAGCUCGUCGACCACUUCCCGCUCGUCGUCUGGCAGACCGGCUCCGGCACGCAGUCGAACAUGAACGCCAACGAGGUCAUCUCGAACCGCGCGAUUGAGAUUCUGGGCGGGACGAUGGGCUCGAAGAAGCCGGUGCACCCGAACGACCACGUCAACAUGUCCGCCUCCUCCAACGACACCUUCCCGACCGUCAUGCACAUUGCCGCCGUGCUCGAGCUGGAGGAGGAGCUGCUCCCCACCAUCCAGAGCCUGCGAGACGCCUUGCACAAGAAGAGCCAGCAGUUUGAGCACCUCAUCAAGAUCGGCCGCACGCAUCUGCAGGACGCCACGCCCCUGACCCUCGGCCAAGAAUUCUCGGGCUACGUCACCCAGCUCGACUUCGGCAUCGAGCGCGUCAAGUCCGCGCUGCCGCGCCUGAAGAUGCUCGCGCAGGGCGGCACGGCCGUCGGCACCGGCAUCAACACCUUCGUGGGCUUUGCCGAGGCCAUCGCGACCGAGGUCAGCAAGAUGACCGGCCACGACUUCGUGACUGCGCCCAACAAGUUCGAGGCGCUCGCUGCGCACGACGCUGUGGUUGAGGCGUCGGGACAGCUGAAUACGCUUGCGGUCAGCUUGUUCAAGAUCGCGCAGGAUAUCCGCUUGCUGGGUUCGGGGCCCCGGUGCGGGCUCGGCGAGCUGAAACUCCCGGAGAAUGAGCCGGGGUCGUCGAUCAUGCCUGGCAAGGUCAACCCGACGCAGUGCGAGUCUUUAACUAUGAUCUGCACGCAGGUGUUUGGGAAUCAUGCCGCGACGACGUUUGCGGGUUCGCAGGGUAACUUCGAGCUCAAUGUCUUCAAGCCUGUCAUGAUUAGGAACCUGCUCCACAGCGCGAGGCUGCUGACUGACGGCAUGAGGAGUUUUGAGAAGAACUUGGUGGAGGGGCUGGAUGCGGAUGAGAAGAGGAUUAGUUCACUGCUGCACGAGAGUCUCAUGCUCGUCACGUGUCUCAACCCAGUCAUCGGCUACGACAUGGCCUCAAAGGUUGCCAAGAAUGCUCACAAGAAGGGCUUGACUCUCAAGGAGAGCGCGAUGGAGUUGAAAGCGCUGAGUGAGGAGGAUUUUGACAAGUAUGUGAGGCCGGAGCUCAUGAUCUCGCCGAAGGAGAAGAAGUAG